AAAAAAAUGCUGGCUUUCGUUUGUAGUUCCUUCCUUUCUUUCUUGGUCCUCGCUUUUGUUGCUUAUUGAUUUUCAUCACUUCAAUUGUUUGUGAAUCUGAAUUCACUCAGUUUCAAAGCACGCACCAGAAGAACAAAAAAAAAAAAAAAAAAAUCGUCCUUUCUUCGAGUCCUUGUCUUUUUAGUAUUCCUUCGUUUAUUCCGUUUGUGGUCCUUCUUAGUCAUCAUCAAAAGCAAAACAGAGUAGAGAAAUGGCAGAUAUAUGUAUUUCAGUUGUUGCAAAAUUAGCAGAGUACACAGUCGCACCUGUUCUGCGACAGUUUGGUUAUCUGAUUUACUACAAGAGCAAUGUUCAAGAUCUCACCGAGAAGGUUACAACUCUGACUGCCAAACGAGAUGGGGUACAACUACGUGUGCAUGUAGCAAACAGGAAAUUGGAGGCUAUUCUUCCCGAAGUUCAGGACUGGUUGGACCGAGUAAACCGCACCAUACAAGAAAAGGAGAGAUGUUUUGGAGAAGGAAGAGUAGCCGAGGCAACAACAUGCUGCAGCUCCAAUGGGUGGUGUCCAAAUCUGAAGGUCCGUCAUUCCUUGAGUAGGAAAGCAGCGAAGAUGGCUCCAAAGGUAGAUGUCCUCCUUACAGAAGGAGAUUUCGGGACGAUAUCAUGUCCUGCUUCUGCGCAGAAGAUUCAUUAUCCAGUCAUGCAAUAUUCUGAGGAUUCCACUGAGGCACCGGCGAAGCCCCAUGAAGGGGCUAGCUCCUCCUCAGGAACAUCCGAUCCUGCUAAGCCACCUGCACCUAUGGAUCUCUCUGACCGUCUGAAAUAUAGGUUGCCUUAUACAAAGGAUCUCUUGACGGCUCUGCAAGAUGACAAUAUCAGCAUGAUCGGCAUUUCUGGGACAAUCAGAGUGAUAGAUACAGUAACAACUAAAGAGUUCAUGAAAAGAAUGAAACAGAAAAAGCUCUUUGAAGAGGUUGCGAUGGCAGUUGUGUCCCAGGGUCCAGACUUGAAACGAAUACAAGGUGAAAUUGCAGAAAUGCUAGACCUGAAAUUGGAGAAUGGGAGUUUGGUUGAACGGGCAGAGAGGCUACGUGCUGUUUUACAGGCAUCCGAUUCUAAGAGGAUUCUUGUAAUACUGACUGAUAUCGGUGAAAUACCUGAUUUGGAAGCAAUUGGAAUUUCUUGUGUUGAUAUCAAGAAAAGCUGCAAGAUCAUGUUGAUUUCACAACUAUCAAAUGUGUUUGGUGAAAUGGGGACUCAGAGCAAUUUCAAAUUGUUAUCACAAUCCACUCACAGAGCAAGACCUGUUGAGUUUGAAUCAAGAAUUUCAGUCAUCAGAGAUGUAAUGGAUGCUCUGACAGAUGAUGAAUCCAACCCCAUUGUAAUCUGUGGCAUGGGGGGAAUUGGCAAAACAACCUUGGUGAUGGAAAUUGCUGCAAAAGCGAGUGAAGUAGAUCUAUUUGAUGAUGUUGCAAUUGCAGAGUUUACUCAAGAACCCGACUUGAUCAAAAUCCAAGGUAAAAUUGCUAAUGCUCUAGGUCUGGAACUUAAAGCAGAGGAUGAUAGAGCAGCCAAGUUACGAGAAAGAUUAUCAAUGGGUAUCAAAAAGGUCCUUGUAAUAUUGGACAAUGUUUGGGGACAACUAGAUCUGUGGGAACUAGGAAUUCCAAAAAGUUGCAAACUUCUGGUAUCAUCACGGAAUCAAGAUACCUUUAAAGAGAUGAAAACCAAAAAGAAUUUCCUCAUUGGUAGUUUGCUAAAACAUGAUGCCUGGAGUUUGUUUAAGAAGGUAGCAGGAUGUUCCAUUGAAUCCGAUUCCGAGCUGCGUCCUAUAGCAGAGCAGGUUCUGGAUGAAUGUGAUGGCUUACCGGUUGCAAUUUCUACUGUAGGAAGGGCACUACAAGAUGAAAAAAUUCCAGUAUGGAGAAAUGCACUUAGACAACUAAGAGUGGCUUGCCCAAAAGAUGUUCCAGGAGUUAUAGAGCGUGUGUACGGAAAAAUAGAGUUCAGUUAUGAAUGUCUACCAAGCGAGGAAGCCAAAUCAUGUUUUUUGCUGUGUUGCAUAUUUCCAGAAAGUGAAGAGUUUCCAAUUGAAUUCUUGGUUAUGUUUGCGAUUGGUCUUGGACUUUUUAAAGACAUUGAUUCAAUAUCUGGAGCAAGGGAUUACGUAAUAACAGUGGUUGAAACACUCAAAUGUCGUUCUUUGUUGUUAGACGGCGAUGACUAUGAGAAAGAUUGGUUUAGAAUGCAUGAUGUGGUGCGUGACGUAGCCGUGUAUAUAGCCUCCAAAGAGUUAGCACAAAAGAAGAGUGAUAAGCUUGAAAGGAGAUUUAUGGCAAGAGGAGGAGUGGAAUUGAACGAUUGGCUCAAGAGCAGUUCACUGAGAGCCGAUAUGAGUACUACUGAGCUUUUAGCGUUGGGACCCACAGAUGGAAUUGAACUGGAGCUGCCAUCCACAAUUUUCGAUGGAAUGGAAAAUCUCAAGGUUUUAAUGAUCGGGCGUUCAAUCCUCCCAUCCCUUUCACUUCUGAAGAAUCUUCAAACACUCAUUCUAGCGGAUUGCCGUCUCAAUAUUGAUGUCAUUGGAGAGCUACGGUCACUCAUGAUACUCUGGUUAUAUGGAUCUGACAUCAAACAGUUGCCUGAUACAUUCAAAAAUUUAUCUAAUCUGAGGUUGUUAAAGUUGACAGGAUGUACAGAGCUUAAAGUAAUAUCACCAGGUGUUAUAUCGAGUUUAUCUCGUCUAGAAGAAUUGUACAUGGGGAAUAGCUUUAACGAUUGGGUGGUUGAGAAACUGGGCUCAACAGAAACAAUCAAUUGGAUCUCUCAAUUGGAGGUUGAUGCCCAACCAGAAGAAGAAUCAGACGAAUCAGAAGAAUCUGAGGUUGAUGUCGACAUAUGGAAGAAACUCAACAGGUUGGCGGUUGAGAAACUAGCCUCAACAACAGAAACAACAACUGAUCUGAUCGCUCGACUGGAGGAUGAGGAAAGAAGUGAACCAGAGGAAGUCGACAACCUUGCAGAUCUGUUCGCAGAGUAUGUUGAGGAUUUAGGAGGAAACUACGACCAUCUCACAAGGUGGGCCAACUCUAUGGACUGGAGUGUUGGAUUACUUGCAGAGCUGCUUUCCUUGUCCAGUUUGACUACUUUAGCAGUGGCUUUACCACCAAUUGACAUUCUGAGAACCAGUAAGCUAUUUCAUAAGCUUGAAAGAUUUAAGAUCUCUAUUGGAUGGGAUGGGCAUGAAGACUUGGAGGACUUAGAGGUUAACUACUUGAGAGUUCAUGAUCUUGAAACAAGCUCUCUUGCGGAUACUGGAAUCGGUUUGUUGUUAAAGAAAACUAACCAGCUCGAGUUAAAAAUGAAGAAUUUGACUGACCCUCUCAAUGUCUUAGAUGUAAACUGCUGUGCAAACUUGGAGUCACUUACCCUCACAGACUGUGAUUCUCUGGAAUAUCUGAUUGACAUGACUCUUAAGCAAGAUACUCCACGAAGCGUCUUUCCUGUCUUGAAUUAUCUGGAAAUCGAUGGAGCAAGGAGGCUGAAAGAGAUUUUUCAUGGUGACCUGCCACUUGGAUCGCUUCAGAAACUAGAAAGGCUAACUUUACAGGAUUGCCAGUCAUUGGAAGCAAUUUUUGCCUUGGAAGGAUCGGAACAUCAUGUCAAAGAGAUCAACUUCCCUAGUUUGACAAAGUUGAAACUUAAAGGUCUCCCGAGCUUCACUUGCCUGUCAGUGGAUGUAAACUGCUAUGCAAACUUGGAGUCGCUUACCCUCAAAGACUGUGAUUCUCUGGAAUAUCUGAUUGACAUGACUCUUAAGCAAGAUACUCCACGAAGCAUCUUUCCUGUCUUGAAUUAUCUGGAAAUCGAUGGAGCAAGAAGGCUGAAAGAGAUUUUUCAUGGUGACCUGCCACUUGGAUCGCUUCAAAAACUAGAAAGGCUAACUUUACAGGAUUGCCAGUCAUUGGAAGCAAUUUUUGCCUUGGAAGGAUCGGAACAUCAUGUCAAAGAGAUCAACUUCCCUAGUUUGACAAAGUUGGAACUUAAAGGUCUCCCGAGCUUCACUUGCCUGUCAUUGGAUGUAAACUGCUAUGCAAACUUGGAGUGGCUUACCCUCAAAGACUCUGAUUCUCUAGAAUAUCUGAUUGACAUGACUUGUAAGCAAGAUACUCCACGAAGCGUCUUUCCUGUCUUGAAUUAUCUGGAAAUCGAUGGAGCAAGGAGGCUGAAAGAGAUUUUUCAUGGUGACCUGCCACUUGGAUCGCUUCAGAAACUAGAAAGGCUAACUUUACAGGAUUGCCAGUCAUUGGAAGCAAUUUUUGCCUUGGAAGGAUCGGAACAUCAUGUCAAAGAGAUCAACUUCCCUAGUUUGACAAAAUUGAAACUUAAAGGUCUCCCGAGCUUCACUUGCCUGUCAUUGGAUGUAAACUGCUGUGCAAACUUGGAGUCACUUACCCUCAAAGACUGUGAUUCUUUGGAAUAUUUGAUUGACAUGACUCUUAAGCAAGAUACUCAACGAAGCGUCUUUCCUGUCUUGAAUUAUCUGGAAAUCGAUGGAGUAAGGAGGCUGAAAGAGAUUUUUCAUGGUGACCUGCCACUUGGAUCGCUUCAGAAACUAGAAAGGCUAACUUUACAGGAUUGCCAGUCAUUGGAAGCAAUUUUUGCCUUGGAAGGAUCGGAACAUCAUGUCAAAGAGAUCAACUUCCCUAGUUUGACAAAGUUGAAACUUAAAGGUCUCCCGAGCUUCACUUGCCAGUCAUUGGAUGUAAACUGCUAUGCAAACUUGGAGUCGCUUACCCUCAAAGACUGUGAUUCUUUGGAAUAUUUGAUUGACAUGACUCUUAAGCAAGAUACUCAACGAAGCGUCUUUCCUGUCUUGAAUUAUCUGGAAAUCGAUGGAGCAAGGAGGCUGAAAGAGAUUUUUCAUGGUGACCUGCCACUUGGAUCGCUUCAGAAACUAGAAAGGCUAACUUUACAGAAUCUACCUGCAUUGACGACUAUUUGGACUAUUGGAAGCCAAUCUAGAUGGUUGGGAGAUCUGGCAGUUGUCCGAUCCAUAUCAAUACGGGAUUGCCAGUCAUUGGAAGCAAUUUUUGCCUUGGAAGGAUCAGGACAUCAUGUCAAAGAGAUCAACUUCCGUAGUUUGACAGACUUGGCACUUGAAGGUCUACCAAGCUUCACUGGAAUGAGCAGAAGUACUUGUAAGGGGAUGGAAAGGCAACUGGAAGGCAGCAGUCUUCAUCCCAAUAGUUUGACCGUUGAACAUUCACUUUUCUCUGACCCCAAGGUUGUCUUUCCCGUCUUGGAAUGCCUGACAAUUAGCCGUCUGGGCAACUGGAAAGAGAUAUGGAAUAGCCGACUUUCACCCAACUCCUUCUCUGAAUUAAGAAGUCUCACUGUCAAGGAUUGUGACAAACUAUUGCAUUUGGUACCAACACAAAUGCAAAAUAGAUUGCAGAGAUUGGAGAUCAUACGGGUAAAGAACUGUUCUUCACUGGAAGAGAUUUUUGAAGUCGGAAGAUUGACCGUCAAUGAAGGGAAUGCUUCAAUUUCUCAGUCAGACAAAAUAGAUUCAAAUAUUUCCCAAUCUGAUCAAGGGAUGCAAAUAAAUGAUAUCAUGGAUUUCAAACAAUCUUGUCAAGGCUUUCAAAAUUUAACUAAUCUAGAUGUCAGUUGGUGUCGCAGUUUAAGAUACCUACUCACUCCUUCGAUUGCCAGAGGUCUUGUCAAGCUCGAACGUCUAGCUAUAAGAUCUUGCGAGAUGAUCGAAGCAAUAGUCGCAGCAGAUGAGGGUGAAGAAACAGAGCAUGAAAGCAUGCUCCCUCAUCUAUGUGAUUUGAAUCUUUGGGGUCUUCCAAAUCUUGGAAGCUUUUCGCAAGGCAAAUAUAACUUUGGUUGGCCACUAGUGCAAUGGAUCAUAAUUAACAAUUGCAACAAAAUGGACAACUUUUGUUCAGGAUCCCUCAGCAUCCCAAGGGAAGUGAGGAUAUAUGUCUCUAAUUCUGGUGAGAAUCUUGAGCAGGAGCUGAAUGAUAGCAAGAAAGAAAGCUGAUCAGAUCUGGACGCAGUGCAUUUCUGCUCGUGGAGAAGUUAAUCUAGGAGUGGCUUGGUACAAGUCGGUUGGGAUGUUCUUUAUGUCUGCCGCAUUUUCCGCUCGAGCUCACUUCAGCCUGGGGAGCGGUGGCGACAGACACUUGUUUAAUCUAGUUGUCUGAUGAGUAGAAAAGAUAAGAAAAAAACGACUGUUCUUGUAGUUUGAAUCCUUGUGUGUAUUUCAGAUUUUUUGUAGUCUUCUCUCACCCAAAUUAUCAGAUAAA